UGUGAGAUCAAAUGCCCUCAGAAAUGAAUCACUCUCGUAUGCCAACUGUUAUCUAUUUCCCCAAUAUUCGGGCCCCAUUAUCGAUACUUCCUUUGGGCCAUGAUUAUGAUAUCAGACACUGGGGUAUCUUUCCGAUAUCGCUAGUGUCCGUUGGACAAGUUAAAAACGGUAGCCCAUCUGGAAGACCAGUCCAAUCGAACGACAGUAAACGACGCGAGUACGCGAUAAAAUCACAGCAAAUCAGAAUUCCUCUGGGAUAACACUAUCCGAUUUAUAUUACUUAUAAACUAAAACAAAACAAAAGUUCUUAAAAUGGGUUGUCUAUCGGGAAUAGUCAACUUUAUUUUAUAUAUUGUUAAUAUCGUGUUUUUGAUCGUUGGCAUCCUUCUGAUCGUGCUGGGCUCGAUCAUGUUGUCCGAUCUUAGUCACUUUGAUAGUGCCGGCGAUGGAACGAACACCAACACCAUCCCCAUUUGCGUCACAGUUUUGGGAUGCCUGAUCUUCGUGGUGUCCUUCUUCGGAUGCUUUGGCAUUUUCAAGCAGAGUGCCUGCAUGACGGGAGCGUACACGAGCAUGGUAUUCGUCCUCUUUAUCCUGCAACUGGUGCUCACCUGCUGGGUGUUCGUGAACCGUAAUGCAUUCCUGGGGGACAUGAGCAAUUUGGUAACGCUGCUCUGGAACUCCAAGGACUAUAAUGCAAUGGGCGUACUGGAGGAAACCUUCGGCUGCUGCGGCAACACCGGCUAUGCCAACUAUAAUGCCAACAAUAUCGCGGUUCCCGGAACCUGUUGCGGCUACUUGGAUCGCCAGCAAACGUGCAACAACCCUUCGGUCUACCAAUCGAGACCCGGCUGCAACUUCAAGUUCGAGCAGUUUUGGGACGACAACAUGGACAUCAUCCGCUGGUCCGGCCUGGGCCUCUGCAUUUUCGACUUGAUCGUCUUCCUGAUCGCCGGCGCCUUGACCAACUGUAUGCGCAACCAGAACGCCGGCCGACAGGGUUAUGCCUAGUCUUCGAGUAAUUUCGCUAAAUAAAUUAUUCCUAACCAAAAAAUAAUUACAUUAACUAGGUAGCAUGCCAAAUAUAUUUAUUAUUACUCCAA